AUGGCUGAACUUCAAACUCGUGGUACCUACCAAUUUUGGUACUACAUUCCUUCCAUAGGAGCAGCAGUAGUUUUCCUACUGUUGUUCAUCGCUCUCACGGCCCUCCAUUCCUGGAAGCUUUUCACAACCCGAACAUGGUUUUGCAUAUCCUUUACCCUUGGCGGAGUGUUCGAAAUCAUCGGCUACAUCGGCCGCGCAGCCGCCCACAGCAACACCACAUCCAUGGGUCCGUACAUCGUAUCCCAAAUGUUCAUCCUCCUCGGCCCUACCCUCUUCGCCGCCUCCAUCUACAUGACCCUCGGCCGAAUCAUCCGCUCCGUGAGAGGCGAACAUCUUUCUGUCAUCCGAAUCUCCCGUCUCACCAAGACCUUCGUCUGGGGCGAUGUGCUAUCCUUCAUCGUCCAAGGAAACUCAUCUUCGCUAUCUGUUCUUGGAUAUCCACUAUAUUCAAAGAUCUGCGUGAUUGUCGGCCUGGCAAUUCAGCUCAUAUCUUUCGCUAUCUUCUGGUUGACUGCCGUGGUCUUCUUCAGACGUAUUCGUCGGACGCCUACUAUGGAGUCGCUGAAUCGGGAUUUGCCCUGGCGACAAUCCAUCUAUAUGCUGUAUGCGGUCAGCUCGCUGAUCAUGAUUCGAUCGGUCUUUCGCAUCAUCGAGUAUAUCAUGGGUAAUGGUGGGUAUCCGUUGCAACAUGAGUGGACGAUGUAUAUCUUUGAUAGUGUACCGAUGGUGAUUGUGAUGAUUGUCUUUUUUAUUUGGUAUCCGAAUAGCUUGCUGGGUUUGUUUGUAUCUGUUUGUUUGGAUUAUAUAUAUAUUAUGUGA